CCCCGGUCCCACAGGAUGCUUCUGCCCAGCGGAUCCUUAUUCUUCUUGCGCAUUGUGCAUGGGCGCAGAAGUAAACCUGAUGAAGGAAGCUACGUGUGUGUUGCAAGGAACUAUCUUGGUGAAGCAGUGAGUCGAAAUGCAUCUCUGGAAGUGGCAUUGUUACGAGAUGACUUCCGGCAAAAUCCCACAGAUGUUGUAGUGGCAGCUGGAGAGCCUGCAAUCCUGGAGUGCCAACCUCCCCGGGGACACCCAGAACCCACCAUCUACUGGAAAAAAGAUAAAAUUCGAAUUGAUGACAAGGAAGAAAGAAUAAGUAUCCGUGGUGGAAAACUAAUGAUCUCCAAUACCAGGAAAAGUGAUGCAGGGAUGUAUACCUGUGUUGGCACCAAUAUGGUAGGAGAAAGAGACAGUGAUCCAGCAGAGCUGACUGUCUUUGAACGACCCGCAUUUCUCAGGAGGCCAAUUAACCAGGUGGUGCUGGAGGAAGAAGCUGUAGAGUUUCGUUGUCAGGUCCAAGGAGAUCCUCAACCAACUGUGCGGUGGAAAAAGGAUGACGCAGACUUGCCAAGAGGAAGGUAUGACAUCAAAGAUGAUUACACACUGAGAAUUAAAAAGGCCAUGAGUACAGAUGAAGGCACAUAUAUGUGUAUUGCUGAGAAUCGGGUUGGAAAAGUGGAAGCUUCUGCUACCCUCACAGUCCGAGCUCGCCCUGUUGCUCCUCCACAGUUUGUGGUUAGGCCAAGAGAUCAGAUUGUUACUCAAGGUCGUACAGUGACAUUUCCCUGUGAAACUAAAGGAAACCCACAGCCAGCAGUUUUUUGGCAAAAAGAAGGCAGCCAGAACCUGCUUUUCCCAAAUCAACCCCAACAGGCCAACAGCAGAUGUUCUGUGUCACCAGCCGGGGACCUUACAAUUACCGACACUCAGCGCUCGGACGCGGGUUACUACAUCUGCCAGGCCCUAACCGUGGCAGGAAGCAUUUUAGCAAAAGCUCAGCUGGAAGUUACUGAUGUUUUGACAGAUAGACCUCCACCUAUAAUUCUACAAGGCCCAGCCAACCAAACACUAGCAGUAGAUGGUACAGCAUUACUGAAAUGUAAAGCUACUGGUGACCCUCUUCCUGUAAUUAGCUGGCUAAAGGAGGGAUUUACUUUUCUGGGUAGAGAUCCAAGAGCAACUAUACAAGAACAAGGAACCUUGCAGAUUAAGAAUUUACGGAUUUCUGAUACUGGCACCUAUACUUGUGUGGCUACAAGUUCAAGCGGAGAGACUUCCUGGAGUGCUGUGCUGGAUGUGACAGAGUCUGGAGCAACAAUCAGUAAAAAUUAUGAUUUUAAUGACCUGCCUGGACCACCAUCCAAACCACAGGUCACUGAUGUUACUAAGAACAGUGUCACCUUGUCCUGGCAACCAGGUACCCCUGGAACCCUACCAGCAAGUGCAUAUAUCAUUGAGGCUUUCAGCCAAUCAGUGAGUAAUAGCUGGCAGACAGUGGCAAACCACGUAAAGACCACCCUCUAUACAGUGAGAGGACUGCGGCCCAAUACAAUCUAUUUAUUCAUGGUGAGAUCAAUCAACCCCCAAGGUCUCAGUGACCCAAGUGCUAUGUCAGAUCCUGUGCGCACACAAGAUAUCAGCCCACCAGCACAGGGAGUGGACCAUAGACAAGUCCAGAAAGAACUCGGCGACGUCCUUGUCCAUCUUCAUACUCCAGUUGUAUUGACUCCUACCACUGUUCAAGUCACAUGGACGGUUGAUCGCCAACCCCAGUUUAUUCAAGGCUACCGAGUGAUGUACCGUCAGACUUCAGGCCUGCAGGCUACAUCAACAUGGCAGAAUUUAGAUGCUAAAGUCCCGACUGAGCGAAGUGCCGUCUUAGUCAAUCUGAAAAAGGGGGUGACUUAUGAAAUUAAAGUUCGACCAUAUUUUAAUGAGUUCCAAGGAAUGGAUAGUGAAUCUAAAACAGUUCGUACUACUGAAGAAGCCCCAAGUGCCCCUCCACAAUCUGUCACUGUGCUGACUGUUGGAAGCCACAAUAGCACAAGUAUUAGUGUUUCCUGGGAUCCUCCUCCUCCUGAUCAUCAGAAUGGAAUUAUCCAAGAAUACAAGAUCUGGUGUCUGGGGAAUGAAACACGAUUCCACAUCAACAAAACUGUGGAUGCAGCCAUUCGAUCUGUAAUAAUUGGUGGAUUAUUCCCAGGUAUUCAGUACCGGGUAGAGGUUGCAGCUAGUACCAGUGCAGGAGUUGGAGUAAAAAGUGAGCCACAGCCAAUAAUAAUUGGGGGAAGGAAUGAAGUUGUCAUUACUGAAAACAAUAACAGCAUAACUGAGCAAAUCACUGAUGUUGUGAAGCAACCAGCUUUUAUAGCUGGUAUUGGUGGUGCCUGCUGGGUAAUUCUGAUGGGUUUUAGCAUCUGGUUGUAUUGGCGAAGAAAGAAGAGAAAGGGACUCAGUAAUUAUGCUGUUACAUUUCAAAGAGGAGAUGGAGGACUAAUGAGCAAUGGAAGCCGCCCAGGUCUUCUAAAUGCUGGUGAUCCCAGUUAUCCAUGGCUUGCUGAUUCAUGGCCAGCCACGAGCUUGCCAGUAAACAACAGCAAUAGUGGCCCAAAUGAGAUUGCGAAUUUUGGGCGUGGAGAUGUGCUGCCACCAGUUCCAGGCCAAGGGGAUAAAACGGCAACGAUGCUCUCAGAUGGAGCCAUUUAUAGCAGCAUUGACUUCACGACAAAAACCACUUACAACAGUUCCAGCCAAAUAACACAGGCUACUCCAUAUGCCACUACACAGAUACUGCAUUCCAAUAGCAUACAUGAAUUGGCUGUCGAUCUGCCUGAUCCACAGUGGAAAAGCUCAAUUCAGCAAAAAACAGAUCUGAUGGGAUUUGGUUAUUCUCUACCGGAUCAGAACAAAGGUAACAAUGGUGGGAAAGGUGGAAAAAAGAAGAAAAAUAAAAACUCUUCUAAAGCACAGAAAAACAAUGGAUCAACCUGGGCCAAUGUUCCGCUACCUCCUCCCCCAGUCCAGCCCCUUCCUGGUACAGAGCUGGAACACUAUGCAGUGGAACUGCAAGAAAAUGGCUAUGACAGUGAUAGCUGGUGCCCACCAUUACCAGUACAAACUUAUUUACACCAGGGUAUGGAAGAUGAACUGGAAGAAGAUGAUGAUCGUGUCCCAACACCUCCUGUCCGAGGCGUGGCUUCUUCCCCUGCUAUUUCCUUUGGACAGCAGUCCACUGCAACUCUAACUCCCUCCCCACGGGAAGAGAUGCAGCCCAUGCUGCAGGCUCACCUGGAUGAGUUGACAAGGGCCUAUCAGUUCGAUAUAGCAAAGCAAACAUGGCAUGUUCAAAGCAAUAAUCAACCUCCGCAGCCCCCGGUUCCACCAUUAGGUUACAUGUCCGGAGCUUUGAUUUCCGAUUUGGAAACAGAUGUUCCAGAUGAUGAUGCUGAUGAUGAAGAGGAAGCUUUAGAAAUCCCCAGGCCCCUGAGAGCACUAGAACAGACGCCUGGAUCCAGUACGGACAAUCUAGACAGCUCUGUGACAGGUUCAAUGGUAAAUGGAUGGGGCUCUGCAUCUGAUGAGGAUCGUAACUUUUCUAGUCAUAGAUCUAGUGUAGGUAGCUCCUCAGAUGGCUCCAUCUUUGCCAGCGGCAGUUUUGCACAAGCACUGGUGGCAGCAGCAGAUAAAGCUGGUUUUAGGCUGGAUGGAACCAGCCUUACAAGAACAGGCAAAGCCUUUACCUCCUCUCAGAGACCUCGACCAACCAGCCCAUUUUCUACUGACAGUAACACCAGUGCAGCCAUGAGUCAAAGUCAGAGGCCUCGGCCCACUAAAAAACACAAGGGAGGGCGAGUGGACCCACAGCCAGCAUUGCCUCACCGAAGGGAAGGAAUGACAGAUGAGGAGACCUUGGUGCCCUACAGCAAGCCCAGUUUCCCAUCUCCAGGGGGUCACAGCUCCUCAGGAACGGCUUCUUCUAAGGGAUCCACUGGACCUAGGAAAGCAGAGGCAUUGAGGGGAAGCCACCAGCGCAAUGCCAGCGACCUUCUUGACAUAGGAUAUAUGGGCUCAAAUAGUCAAGGACAGUUUACAGGUGAAUUAUGUAAGUGCUUUAGGACAUUUAAAAGGCUAUGGUGAUUCAGAAAGACGAUUGGGUUAAUAAUGUAAGGCACAAAAAAGUUUUCCUUGACCCUCUUA